AUGUUGCUGUCCUGGGCAAUCAGGCCUGCCGCCUUCUCGGCUCCCUUGGCCAUCCGGACCUUUUCGACGACAUCCCUCGCCGCCGCCGCGGGUAAUGGUCCUGCUCGCAAGAACCCUCUCAUCGGAAGCAAUACUCACGCAGCAGCUUCGCCGGUUCAGGAGAAGCCCACUGCUCCCGCCUCCACCGAGCAGGCCGCUACUCCUCCGCCUCCUCCGCCCCCUGCCGCGACUAUUGCCGCCGCCGCCGCCGAGACUCAGCAGACCGAGACGAAGUCCGGUCACGCCUACGACGCCGCCACCUCCGCGUCUAUGCACACUUCCUCAUCUCCGGGGUUCGUCGAUAUUGCCAAGCUCCUGGACAACCAUGCUGCCGCGUACGCCCGGAGCGUCAACAAGACGACGGACCCGUUGAACCAGCCUCGUGUGCGCUGCACCCCCGUCACCGGCCGCACAGUCUUUCUCGAGGGCAACCCGCGUCUGCCUGGUACGGCGCAUAGCCCCGAUCACGCUUUUAACCUGCUCAGGAGGGUAGUGCGCACCGGCCAGAUCAAGACGCUCUGGCACAGGCAACGCUUCCACGAGCGUCCUGGUCUGCGCCGCAAGAGGCUCAAGUCUGAGAGGUGGAGGAGUCGCUUCAAGCAAGGUUUCCAGGCUGCCGCUGUGAGGGUGCGUGAGCUCAAGAAGCAGGGGUGGUGA